AUGAAUUCCUUACAACCAAAUUCGGAACGUAGGCAUCCUCAUACCUCGUCAAUGCGGGACUUUCAACAAACAAGUUCAAGCCUUGCCGCAAAGACUAUGCGUGUCGAGCUGAACAAAUUGGCCCAUGCAAUUCAGGACAUGAAACAACGCAAAGCUUUUGAAAAUGAAAUGGAUAAUUUUUUCGCAUUGUUUACCCGAUAUUUGAGCGAAAAAAGUAAAGGAACAAAAUUGAAUUGGGACAAGGUCAAUUCACCAAGUCCUGAACAAAUUAUCCCCUAUGCAAAUUUACCCGUCUGCGAGAAUCCACAACAUCUCAAUAAAUUGGCCGUCCUAAAAUUGAAUGGUGGCUUAGGAACGACUAUGGGUUGCAUAGGUCCCAAGAGUGCUAUUGAGGUUAGAGACGGUAUGACAUUCUUGGAUUUAAGUGUCAGGCAAAUCGAAUACCUAAAUAGUAGAUACGAUGUUAACGUACCUUUCAUACUCAUGAACUCCUUCAACACGGACGAUGACACCAUGCGCAUCGUCCAAAAGUAUGGAGGCCACAAGAUUGAUAUUCUUGCAUUCAACCAAUCACGUUAUCCAAGAAUUAACAAGGAAUCUUUGUUGCCAAUGCCGCGUUCUCCCAGCGGAGAUAUUAGCCAAUGGUAUCCACCGGGUCACGGAGAUUUAUUCGAAUCCAUGUUAAACUCAGGCAUACUGGAUCGACUUAUCGCCGAAGGGAAAGAAUACAUUUUCGUCUCGAAUGUCGACAACUUGGGCGCGGUAGUCGAUCUGAACAUUCUUCAACAUAUGGUGGAUUCUGAUGCAGAAUUCAUCAUGGAGGUUACCGACAAAACCAAGGCCGAUAUAAAGGGUGGUACCCUCAUUGAUUAUGAGGGUACCGUCAGGUUGCUGGAAGUGGCUCAAGUCCCUUCGGAACAUAUGGAGGACUUUAAAUCAAUUAAUAAAUUCAAGAUUUUCAAUACCAACAAUUUGUGGAUAAACCUGAAAGCCAUAAAGCGCGUCACCGAGGAAAAAGAGUUAAAUAUGGAAGUUAUUGUUAAUAACAAAACACUUGAAUCCGGUGAAAAAGUGAUUCAACUUGAAACAGCUGUUGGUGCAGCUAUCAAGCAUUUUAAAAACGCGCAUGGAGUUAAUGUACCAAGAAGUCGUUUCUUACCAGUGAAAUCUACAUCUGACCUAUUUCUGGUUACAUCUGAUCUGUACUCGCUUAAUCAUGGUGAACUCAUGAUGAACCCUAAAAGACUUUUCCAGACUGUUCCACUGGUAAAAUUGGGUGAUGAAUUUAAGAAGGUCUCAAAUUUUCUAGCGCGAUUCCAAUCGCCGCCUCAUAUUCUUGAACUCGAUCAUCUUACUGUCACUGGCGACGUUACUUUUGGUGCAGGUGUGCAGUUAAAAGGGACAGUAAUUAUUGUCGCGACAUAUGGUGCCAGAAUUGAUAUUCCGCCAAAUUCAGUACUCGAAAACAAAGUUGUUUCUGGAAACUUGAGGAUCCUCGAGCAUUAA